GCCUGAAGACUAAUCGUUCGAUACAUUGUGAUCAACCUUCGUUCAAACUCGACUCUACAAUCUUCUCGGCAAGAUGAACAACUAUUGUUUGAUGGCCCUUCUUCUCGUCUGCUCCAUGGCGGUAGCAAAGGCUGAUCAAGUGACGGAGCCCUUCUGUUAUUGGUCGGGUACCGCACCGGCUUGCGCUGGAGCUUGUGAAACGGGAGAAUUCGUGGCGUCAACUAGCAAAUACGGUGACGGUAAAACAUGCGCGACGGGUGUCAAACGAUAUUGCUGCAAGAUGCCACCACAAUGGUUGGCUCAAUUGGCCCAAGCCAAUUUUUACGUUCUGAACGGUGGUCCAGUGGAGCCUCAGAUUGUGCCAGGACCUUACUGAUUCGUCAACGUCAGCACAACGUUUGCUUAUUGUUGUCACGUA